UAGAAAAAAGUGUGAUUGCACCGCAUUGUUCAAUGUACUCCAAACUCGGCAGAAACAAACAGCACUGAACAACAGACUGCUGUUGGAUCUUCGAAUGUUCCGGUUACACCUGAGGAACCUAUAGAAGUUCAAAAUGAAACUGGUGGGACGCGGAGAGUUCGCGGACGUACGGUACUGAGCGAUUUAUAUGAGCUAGAUCCAGUUGAGCAUGUCCAAGUAUCCAGUAAUAGCUUUGGUCAGCCUGUUGGAUCAGAAGCUCGCCUUUUAGCAGGAUACAUGGGCAUUCUAGCACGGAAUGCAAAUAUGUUGCCACUUAACUUCGAGUCAUGGCAUAAAGUGCCCGAGAGUAAAAAGAACCAAGCUCUCGAUAACAUUAAGGCGAGAUUUGCUCUAGAGGUCUCCGAUGCUUAUGUAAAGAAGGCAUUGGGAAAAAGAUGGAGAGACCAUAAGAGCACUUUAAAGAAAGACUAUUUUAAGACAAAAACAACACUCGACGAGAGAUUACAAAAUGUCCCGCCGGGAAUGCUGAGGUACCAGUGGGAAGAGGUCGUUAGAUUUUGGACUUCGAAGAAAGGAGAGGAUCGUGAACGAGUUGGAAAAAAUAGUAGGCAACAACAAAAAUUCACUCACACAGCUGGGUCGAAAAGUAUUGCGUAGCUCAUGCAGAGAACUGUCGUCCGGUCAAAAAGUUGGACGCCUUCAACUUUUUGACAUUACACAUAGGAAGAAAGAUGGAAACCCUAUGACUCCUGAAGCUGCAGAAAUUAUGG